AUGGAUCCAUUCCGGUUCUACAAUCCUGCAGCUGUUGACAAGAAGAAGCAAUGGUGCAAACACACCAACUGUGGCAAGACUUUGGUGGAACCCCUUCCAGCAAGUCCUUUAUUCCCUCCACCUCCUUUGCAGGUGUUGACCGGCGUUCCAUUUCUUACCUGCGUCGCCACCACAGUGGGCGACUGUUCAGAGUACACCUUGUCGCGCGAACCUCAUGAUCACCAUUCUCAAGGCCAGGUUGACCUGAUGAGGAAUUCCUCUGAAGCUGAGACUUCACUUCUGAUCAAAGCAGAACUGGGUGUGGAGACAGAAACCAGUGCUAUCACGCAGGAUCUGUCUUAUUUUGGAUCAGGCAGAAGCCAUGGUACAUUUACCAGUGUUUUCAUGUUCAUGGAUGCUACCUCCCCCCAAGAGGACAAUUUGAUGGAAGUGCUUACAAACAAUGAUCUGAUGUUGUGCCCCCUGUCCCCUCCCCCACCAAUCUUGAUCAAGCACGACAGAAGGAUGGAGAGAGAGUGGUUGGUUGAUGUGAUCCUGGACUUGAGGAUUCAAAGGAAUUUCAACACCAGGAGGUUCUACCUGGAAUACAAAAUUGAUUGGUGUGGCUAUGCUGCUUCCUGGGAACCUCUCCAUAAUGUGCUACCCGGUUGUGAGCAGCUGGUUGAAGAAUUUCACGCAAAGUUGCUGAAGAGGCCAAACCUUGCCAAGCUCAUAAGGUUUGAGACGAGGAUGCGCUGGAAAGAUAUGACAAGACAGCUCACAGAGUGA